UGUUCCUCAGCCAUAUUUCCGGCAGGGAGAUUGGUCCCCUCUGUAUUAUGACUGAGAAGAGAAAUAUUUCGAUGGUAUCAAAAUGGCGAACGAUCGGCUUUGCGUACAAACCAAGUUGUCAACGGUACCAGCAUUGCAGAUUCGAGAAGGCGAUUGGAAGGAAGAGGAAGAGUGGCAAGUAAUGAACUUACGCGAAGAGUGGUUUUGGCUAGCAGAGGAAGGGUCGUUCUUGAAGGAACCGAGGGUGCCCGCCUACGAAGUAGACAAAACUUUCUUCUGAAAUUCGGACGAUUGAAGGGAAGAAAAUAGUAGAAGCUUAUACGGCGACAAUCUGUGAGGCACUGCCCCGGUCUACU